AGUUUAGGAAGUCCUCGAGUCAUUUUCCCGUAGUGCCGUUUCCUCUCGCGAAACCAUCUCUCCGCCAGCCGAUGUAGCGCGGGCUUCACGCGACAGCGCCACUGGUCCGGCGGGGUAGAAGUCUAAGUUUUGAGGCGCCUCAAAACUCGUCUCUCGUAACCGGCGCUUGCGCGAGAUUUGCGCGACAGCGUCGCUGGGGGGGGGAUACUCACGCGGGGGGGUCGAUUCGCGGGCGCGAACUGGCAGCGCGCGCGCGUGCAUGCAGCAUUGCAGCAGGGCCUCGCGAACUGCCAGGUCGCGUCGCCAUUACUAGAGACGGGAGGGUCCGGGGAAGCCCGACACACAAAGGAGGGGGGGAGUCGCGGAAGCCCGCGAACGGCUCGUUCGCAGCGUGACAACCGCGUUUCAGCAGGCAUCGAUAGGGCCGGCGUUUCAUCCUAUUACGAAACCCGGAGCCUAGAAGAUUCGACGCGGCUCAGAGUUGCAACUUGCAACUCGAACGCUGAUCACCAGGUCUCAAAAGGGCCGUUUCAUCUCCUCUCAACGGGCCGUUUCAUCUCCUUUCGGGAGCCCGCGCCAUCAUGCGCGUUAAUGUACAAUACUGAAUCCGCGUCGGGUGCUGCUUUUGUACACACUAUAUCUUUAACCUCUGCGAGCGAGUGAACGCACGGCGAUAGCAUUGCGACACGAAUUCUGCUGCGCACGGCCGCCGCAGCUGAAGCAGCAGAAGCAGCAGAAGCAGCAGAAGCAGCAGGAGUAGCAGAAGCAGGCGCUGCCUGGGAACGUACGGUCGACGGGGGGAUCCUGCUAGUGGACGGGGCGACGCGUGAAACAGCUCUCAGCAGCAGCGCAGUUGUAGGGGUCGGGGGGUGUUGGGGGGUGUCGGCGGGUGUCGGGGGGGUCGGGGGGUGUCGGGGGGUGUCGGCGGGGGGUCGGGGGGUGUCGGGGGAUGAAGCAGAAGCAGGCGCGAGGGAUACGUUGGACGAAUAUGCACAGUUUCUAGGAGACGGCGAGGUAGGAGGAGUGGUUGGGAGGAGAGGCUAGGAGGAGGCGGUAGAGAAAGAGGAGGGAGAAUCAGCUCCUAGCCACCGUUGCCAGGAGAAGUUACCACCCGAACGGACGACGGCUAGGAGGUUUGCUAGUUGUUCGGCCCUACAAGUCCCCCGCUCCAAAGCGCCGGAAGGGGGGUGAUACUUGAUCCCUCCAGCAGCAUCUGUCCGUUAGUAGUUCCCCUUCCCCCGUCCGCCCGCGCUAGAGUUUUCCUGCGCGGCCUGUUAGGCUUUAAGUCUGAGUUUGAGCUGUACAGCUGGGCCCGUUUCAGUCGGUGUUCAGCUGGGCCCGUGCUUCUCCAUUACCACCCUAGUGACUGGCCUCCUAAGGCCCCGCGUUUAGAAAGUGACUUGUCUAUUUAUUUAUUUAUCAAGAACGUGAUGGCGACACCUGGGUGCCGCCGCCGCAAGUUAAUAUCCACCAUGCGUCCAUCCCUGCUCCUCCUCCUGCUGCUGCUCUCCCUCGCCCUCUCCGCCCUUUCCGCUGCUGCUGCUGAUGCCGCCGGAACGAAUUCAGGCGGCGCCGAGAGUGCACCCAAACCCGGUGGGAGUCUGACCAAUCGCAGCCCGCCACCGCCGCCGCCGCCGAUUAGCAUUUCAUUCGACGAAAACGGCAACCCAGUGGGCCCCAACGACGUGGCUUUCCAGCGCUACGUGCCGCCGUCCCCGCCGCCCCCGUCGCCGCCCCCGCCAGUUGUCUCUUUCAUGCAGGGAACGUACAUCAACUGCGGCAGUAACGAGUCGCUUGCCAACCCGCUCUACACCUGGGCGGCCGAUACUUUGUCGGGCAGCUUCGGGCGGAGUUUCAAGGCGCGAGUGGUGAAAACGAGCAUGACUGAGAAGGUUCCUGCGGGCAGGAUGGGGUAUGGGAAGGUGGAGUUCACUGAGACUGGGCUCAUCAAGACGCCCCCUGGGGUGGAUGCACGCGUGUUUGAGACGGUGCGACACUUUGAUGAGGCGGGACGCAACGUGUCGACCUACUCUGUGCCGGUCCCUGGUCCCCCUGCCAAUGUGUUCCUCCGUCUCUACUUUGCCGAGAUCGUGUACACGUCAGCCAGGCUCCGCCGCUUCCACGUGGCGGUGGAGGGCACGCUCGUGCUGACCAACUACAGCGUGCCACGUGGCAGCGUGCGAGUGGAGGAGUUCAUCGUGCCGGUGCUGGACGGCGCUGUGGACAUCGCUUUCAUCCGGGGGGAGGUCGGCGAGCCCAUGAUCAGCGCCAUCGCAGUGGUGCCGCUGACAGCUGGCAUGUACAGCCUCUCCUCGCCCACUGCUGCAUCCCGGAUCAUGGCCACCGAUUACCGCUUUGGCUGUGGUCUCUACCUGCCCAUCUCGGAUCUCACCCAGCGCAUCUGGAGCCUGCUGCCAGACUCCCUCUACACGCCCAGGAAGCCCCUGGCCCGCCGCUACUAUUACGCCAAGGUGGCUCCCCUGCAGUGGCCGCAGACCGUUAAAUAUGCGGACAGCGCUCCCCUCAUGUACCCUCUUGAGCUGACCACGUCUGGUCUGCACGUGUUGGAAUUCUCUACCAUCACAGGGUACAACCCCAAGACCUUCAUCAACUUCUCCCUGCCCGUUGAUCCCAACACCGCGUACCGCAUUGACUUUGGCUUUAUGGAGCUCGCUUACUUCUACACCACCGGCCGGCUCCUGGACUUGUACGUGGACGGCACUCUGCUGCUCACGGAGCUUGACCUCGCCAACAUAGCUGGCAGAGGCGUGCCAUACUCCGCCUCCUUCAACGUCAUGUCAGGUCCUUCCGGCUUCCUCAACAUUUUCCUCAACACUUCCACCAACUCUCUGCACAAUGACGUUAUGAUCAGCACCCUCGAGGUCUUCCGCCAGCUGCCCACCGAUCUCGCCAACCAGGCUGUUCUCCGCACCGCCGCCCUGCCCCUUCCCCCCCCUGCGCCCUUCGCUGGUGGUGACACCACUUCUGCUCCCGCCUCCUCCUCGUCCUCUGCUGCUUCCAUUGGCAUCGGCAUCGCAGUGGGGAUGGUCAUCAUUCUUCUCCUCCUCGCGGCUCUCACCACCUAUGUCGUCAUGAGAGCACGCCGCCGCCAGAGGCAGCUGCAAGCAGCAGCGGCAGAGGCGGGCUCCUCUAAGUCUCAUGAUGGCGCUUCUGGUGCUGCCGGCGGGGGUGCUUUCUCCGACAGUGUGCUCCUGGCGCUCAUCUCAGGCAGAUUCGGCUCCUGGGCGGAAGACGGCAAGCACAAGGUGUUCAAAAAUCUCGAUGCCGAAGCAACAGCCCGAACCGGGCUCUUUGGCGCGCGCAUCUUCCCACUAUCGGAGCUCCGCCGAGCCACCGACGAUUUCGCCACGGGCAACCUGAUCGGCCAGGGCGGGUUCGGCAAGGUCUACCGAGCCACACUCGGAGGCUCGGGAGGAGACGGCGAGGCAGGUUCGGCGCCCGCCGUGCCUGGGUUUGAGGUUGCGGUGAAGAGGCUGGGGGCGGGAUCCCAGCAGGGGGCUUCGGAGUUUCUAACGGAGGUGCGGCUGCUGAGCCGGCUGCACCACAAGAACCUGGUGAACCUCAUUGGGUACUGCGACGAGGACUCCAACCAGCUCAUCCUAGUGUACGAAUACGCGCCCAACGGCACCCUCAAGGACUACCUCCGCGAUGCGGUGAGGGUGAAAUCUCUAUCUUGGGACCGCCGUCUGCGCAUCGCCAUCACUGCUGCCCGGGGCCUGGAGUACCUGCACAAUGGCGCCUCUCCCUCCGUCAUCCACCGCGACAUCAAGACAUCCAACAUUCUUCUGGACUAUUCCUUCAACGCCAAGGUGGCUGACUUCGGCCUCUCCAAGCUCGGCAAGAAGGCUGCUGGCAGCACGGGCGUGGGCAUGGAGGAGAAGACCGACAAGAGCCACAUCAGCACCCGCGUGAAGGGCACUCUUGGCUACCUGGACCCCGUGUACUACACCAAGCAGCACCUCACGGACAAGAGCGACGUGUUCAGCUUCGGAGUGGUGCUGCUGGAGCUCAUCACCGGGAGGCUGCCCAUCUGGCAGGAGGACGACUCAUUUGGCUCGCAGAACGGCGGGGAGAGCCUCAUAAAUUUGGUGGAGUGGAGUGAACCAUUCCUCAAGUCGGGGCAGAUCCGCCCCAUAGUGGCGCCCACCCUCGACUCAGACCGCCACAUGCAGAGCCUCAUGAAGGUGGCUGACCUCGCGUACCGCUGCGUGCGCACACAGCCCAAGAGCCGUCCCAGCAUGGCAGAGGUGGCCCGCAUUCUCGCCGAGGCCAAGUCCCUGCUUGACGCCGAGGGUCCUGCUCCCGGCGCUGCUGCUCUCCCGCUCCCCACCCAUGCUGCAGCCGCCUCUUCUGAUUCCAAUACUGUCUCGGAUUCCAUCACUCCCUCUGCUGAUGUUUCUUCUGCUGCGACUGCUGGUAGUGGGUUUGAGCACUCCACCCUGAAAGUGGGGGAUGGGGAAUCGGCUUUGCUUAUGGAUGAAGCUGGAGCUGGUUUCCUGCCCAGAGUGGAUGAGGCUUCUGUCUCUGCUGCUGGUGCGGCAGAUGAGGUGUCUGAGUCUAAGGGGGAUUGUGAUAGGCCCCUCUCCAUCAGUGACAUUUCGGAGUGAUUCGCACCGGGCUUGAACUUUGAAGCCAAUUCUGUAGUUAUUUGGCAUCCGGGUGGCAAGUGGUGCGGCGUGCCUUUUUUUCAAGGGAUAUGUUCAUAUAAGCUGCAGUGGCGAAGGAUAAGGUUGGGUGGAGCAAGGAUCUGGGAGGGAGACAGAGGAAGAGCAUAUCAAACCUAGAAUUUAAUAAUGUGAGAGAGAGAGUACACAAACAUAUACCUAAAUGUUGUACUCUCUAGAAGGUGACCCUAUACAGUCUAUACGAACAUGAUAA